UCCCAUUUACUUCCCCUUUCCCACCACCCCAACUCAACUCAACUCGAUUCAUCCUUCUCCAAAUUCUCCAUUCCUCCCUUCUUCUCCUCCUCCUCCUCGUCUUCUUCCUUUCUCCUUUUCUCAUGCACCUUCUUUUGCCCGGGGGUGACGGCGAAGCCACGUCUGCCUCCAUGUCGACGGUGUCCGGGGAUGACCACGCUGUUAUGUCAUCUGAGGAUUCUUCUAGUCCCGAUGAGGCUGAGCUCGAGCUCGCUCUUGGCUUGAGUCUUGGUGGUUUCAGGACUCGACAAGCAGCGUGUAAGACUCAAUAUGCUAGGAUUUUGACUGCCAAGGAUUUUCCUUCUGCUGUUGCUUCUUCUUCUUCUUCUUCUUCUACUUCAUCGUCUUCUUCCACUUUGAGUAGAGCUAAUGCCACCGCUGGUAUCAAGAGGACUGCUGAUUCUGUCUCUGCCCCUAAUGGUGCUUCCAGUCAAGUUGUUGGUUGGCCUCCAAUAAGAGCUUAUAGAAUGAACAGCAUGGUUAACCAGGCAAAGUCAGUGGCCACUGAAGAAUAUAACUCAAUAAUUGGGAAAAAUAAAAGCAAGACUUCUGUGCUAGAUAAGACUAACAAUGGAAGCAACAUGAACAACAAUCAUUCCAAGGUCAGAAAUUCCCUCUUUGUUAAGGUGAAUAUGGAUGGGAUUGCUAUAGGAAGAAAGAUUGAUCUGAAUGCUUCUGGCUGCUAUGAGACCUUAGCUCAAACCUUGGAAGAUAUGUUCCUUCGACCCACCCUGACAAAUAAUGCAAUGCGACCGGAGCAUAAUCUAAUGAUAGAUGCAACAAGAUGCUCAAAAUUGCUGGAUGGUUCAUCUGAAUAUGUGCUCACAUAUGAGGACAAGGAAGGGGAUUGGAUGCUUGUUGGAGAUGUUCCUUGGGGGAUGUUCCUUUUCUCUGUGAAGAGACUCAGAAUCAUGCGGCGAUCUGAAGCCACUGGACUUGCUCCAAGGUUUCAAGAAAGGAAUGGGAGACAAAGAAGCAAGCCUAUAUAGGCUUUUCCUCUUAAACUCGAGUGAGAUGAAGAAAAUCUAUGGCUUGAAGAGUGAUACACAAAGGAGAAAGUGAUAAAAAUAAAAGCAUUUCGAAAUAGUAAUGACUGGUUUUCUGCGGCAUUGAGUUGGUUUUUUGGUUGCUGUAAUUUCCUAUCAUGAUAAUAUUUGUUCAUUCUUGUUUUGUCUCUGAAAAUACUUGCCACACUUUUUUUUUUAACAACACAACCACUUCACUUUUUGGUGUAGCAUACUCAUGCAUACUUGCAUCGGUCAGUUACCAAUCCUGUAAAUUCCAGAGUGCUCAAAUUGCUUUCUCAUCUUAGUGAAUGCAAAGUAUAUUAUUGUUCUUGAAA